ACCUGCCGGUCAGCCAGACGUGAGUGUAUCUCACAUGACCCUGCUGUAACUGUGGGCGUAUGUUGAUACUUGAGGGUAAAAAUAAAAUUACCAGCUAAAAAACACGUAACCUAACUUACUUUGUAAGCCGUUCCCUUUAUCGUGACGCGUUCGUGGGUUCGUAAUAUUAGCGCGCACAGUUAAACGGAGCUGCAGUGUGUGAAGUGCAGCUAUUGGAGCUGCAGCAGGUAGAUCCGGGACAGACAAGCGGCGGGUUCGAAACUCACAAACUCGUAGUAGAAACGCUCCAUUGAAGUCAAGUUGACUCAUUUUUCACGGACUGUUUGUUUUCCCUCCACGCUGAGCCGUUCUUUGUUACUACAAAGGAGAAAGAAGGAGCAGUUAGGAGUCCACUGCCAUGGAAAACCUGUCCCCACGUUGUUGUUGAUGUUGCCGCACUUGUUUGGAUGUCAUUCGGGAAUGUGAAGAUGCAACAUUCUUUCGGCUCCCUCCCUACGGAAACCCUCAUCUCCAAAACCUUCCCUCUGGACCUGUUUUCUACCAGUAUACACCCGACAGACCCAUACGCAGCAGACAGCUUCAUCCACAGUAACAUCAGCAACAGUAGCGGUGUCGUUUCCCUUCGCUGCACCUAUAAGGAAGACUUUAAGCGGAUUUUACUCCCUGCUGUGUAUACCAUUGUCUUUCUGCUCGGCCUUCCUCUCAACGCUGCUGUCAUACUGAAGAUAUGGGGGACGAGGCCCAAUCUGUCCAAAAACAGCAUCUACAUGCUCAACUUGGCCAUAGCUGACUUUCUGUAUGUGAUGUCUCUGCCUUUGCUCAUCUACAACUAUGGCAGCCAUGACUACUGGCCAUUUGGAGAGUUUGCCUGUAAACUGGUCCGAUUUCAGUUCUACAGCAAUCUGCACGGCAGCAUCCUGUUCCUCACCUGCAUCAGUGUGCAGCGCUAUGUGGGCAUUUGCCAUCCUUUUGCAGUGUGGCACAAGCAGGGCGGUCGCAGGAUGGCGUGGUGUAUCUGUGGAGCUGUGUGGCUGGUGGUCGCCGCCCUGUGUGCGCCAACUUUUCACUUCGCUGCAACAGGAAUCCAGCGCAACCGCACAGUGUGCUAUGAUUUGAGUACGCCAGAUCGCUCCGUAGACUACUAUCCUUACGGCAUGGCUCUGACAUUCCUCGGCUUCUUGUUGCCUUUUAUUGGCGUGAUGGUGUGUUACUGCCGGAUGGCCCACAUCCUCUGCCGGCCAGUGUCCUACCAGGGCGUCUCCAUGGCGACUGGGGAGAAACGGGACAAGGCGGUGAGGAUGAUCAUCGUUGUGGCGGUGGUGUUCUGCAUCAGCUUCCUACCGUUUCACCUCACCAAGACCUUGUACCUGGUGGUGCGCACCAGUGCCCGGUGUGAGACUAAAAACUUGUUUUCAAUCAUCUAUAAGAGCACCAGACCGUUCGCUAGCAUGAACAGCUUUCUGGACCCUAUUUUGUUUUACUUCACUCAGCCACGCUACCGCAGAAGCACCAAGAAGUUUGUGCUCAAAGUCACCAGCCUCAGAGACAAAGGUACCAACGUGUGAGACAGCAGUAAACCAGUUUCUGGUACAAUCUGUGUGAAAGCCUGGUUACUACACCAGUGGUGAAACUUUGGAUGAAAUGUUGGUUUUGGAGACUUUUAACAGGUGCCUUCAUGAUACUUCUGUUGCUGACGCUGUUGUUAUUUAGACUUUUACCAAUCGCUUACUGUGUUCCUUCUGAAUAGGCUCUAUGAAAAAGUCAUAUUACGAAUCCCUCUGAAAUGUACCCUAAAGGUUGAAAUCUUGUAAUAUAAGUGGUAAACUUUAAAGGUCUCCUGCUUGCAUCAUCUUGAAUUCAGGCAUUUUGGACACCAUUUGCUGAGAUUCCUGAUUCUCUGUUGACUUUAUUUCACUAUUACUGCAGCCGAGAUGUACUGUAAACUCUUAACAUGCAGUCAGCAGACAUGGUUUUAAAAAUCCUGUACCUGUGAAAUGUUUACUGUCAGUCCCCACUGUGCACUGGACUGUAAAAAAAAAAAAAGAUAUUGUGUUUUGUUAAACCUGUGUGAACCACCGUUUUGGUAAAUGAGCUAUUUUCUAGUUUUGUUUCACACUGAAGUGUACAGUAAAACAGAAAUACACUGAGUGUUAUUUUAUUAUAGACAUGACUAUAGAUGUGUGACAUGAAGUGGAGAUGUACAGUAAAAGUUGAAAAAGAGAUGGAAAGAACAAGUAAUAUCAUUUUUAGGAUAAAAUCCACGGGCACUAAGCCACAAAAAAUGCUCAAAGCAUUUUAAAUGUUGCAUGCAUGUUUAUGAUUGCAUGCCAGAACUGCAUGAAGUACUUGUGUGUGGAAAUGAGCUGGUUAUGGAGGUGAUACAUGCCUCACAAACACAGACAUGGCAUGUUGCAGAAGCACUGAGCACUGAGAGCCAGAUUGAAAAGGAAAAUGUAUGAGUAUUUUUAUACAAGUAUAGAGUUGUAUUUUCAUAUGAAGGUUUCUGUUUAGUUUCUGUUUUUACUCAACAUUGCAUUGUCUAAGCUGAAAGUGUUGUUGUGGCAUGUUUGUACCACUGGGUGGUGUGUGCACCCCACUGCUGUAACCCCCUUGCACUUACAUGCUGCUUCUGUAAAAAUAGGCAUACAUUAUUAUUGUUGAGUACUGCCUGGAUCUGUAGUCAAAGAUAAAUCAGAAGUUAAAAACGGUUUAAUAUCCUGUGCACAGCACGCUAAAACCACUGUUUUCUCCACAUGUUGUUAAAGUUCUCCAGCAAUCAAAGUUAAUCCAUUUCAAUGUUGAUGUCGGCAUGAAUUUACUUUUUUUUUAAAAUACCGAAUUAGAUUGAUGAGAGGGAAUAAAAAUGCAGCUGAUUACUUCAGAGCGGGAUCUCUGUUAAGUCCGUCUCAUUCUCCAUUUAGUGCCAAUGUUCUAACGAAUUAAUGAAAGUCUGGUGUUACAGCAAUGACAGAAAAAGGAGAAUAUAAACAUUUUCUACUCCUGAAAAGGUACUCAAAGUACAUAAAUACUGUUUUGUAGUUUUUCAGUACAAUGCAGUCUAAAUCUGUACAGUCUAUACAAUGGAGGAAGUUUUUAAUUUAAUACUUUGUCCUGCCAUUUCUUGUUGAAUUUUACCAAGUAACUGAGUCACCGAUUUUAUGGUUUAGUAAUUUAUAAUGUUCAUGAAAUGAACAUGAAUGCAGAUUGCAUUAAAAUGGGCAUUUAGAUGUAGAGUAAUGUGUUGUCUGUUGUAACUGGUUUUUUUUCAGACAAGCUGUAAACGGCAAACUGUGGAAUUCUUCUUUUCUUUUUCCUUCUAUUUUGAUGGUCAGUGGGUUUUUUUUUCAAAUUUUCUUGACAUUUCUGUCUUUUUAGUGUAGAAACUGUGAAUCUGUGCCUGAUGAUGAAGUCUUGCUGGAUGGAAUGAUGCAAAAUGUGCUAACUAAAGUAAUCCAGCAUCAGCAAAUCCACAGCUUCCAAUUUAGCCUGAAGCUCAGGAUGCCAUGCCAACCUCUGAUUUGACAGUCAUCGGAAUGUCGCUGAAAUUAGUAAACAAAAAAACUAAUUCUGACGUUUUCCCAGCAGACUUUGGAUCACUUAAAGGCCAGUGCAUCAGACUCAACUACCUAAACACGCUAGUCUGAGUUUUGCAUCCAUGAGGUAGUUGUAUACAUCGGUUUAAUGUGAACGUGUAAUUUUCAUGUAUUUUCAUUGCAAAGAACACCACAAUAUGAGGUGUUGUGCUUAAAAGUGCUUGGAACUUCUCAGUGUAUCUACAUCUGUAAAAAGUGAACAUCCAGUAAUGUAAUAAUGAUCUGUAUGUUGUACUCCUGGCCUCAGCAGAAAGAAACAAAACUGCAGCGUCUUGUUGUUCGUGUGUCUCUUUGGUAAAACGCUUGUGAUUUAUUUUUUCCACAGCUGUCUGAAAUGUGUGUGUGUGUGGUCAGAUAAGGGAGAGCCAGCUGUCUGUGUGCUGUGCCAGUCAGUAUUAUUUAGAUGAAUUCUUAUUUUUGUAAACUUCUAUAACACCGAUAAAUAUCUACAUUAACAUUUUAUUUUUGUAUUCACAUAGAUUGAAUCAUGUUGUUUUUUAACCAUGCAGCUUCUCUUAGUUUCAUGUGAAAGUGUUUUAACUGUUGUAAAACUAACUGAAAGCGGACAUUAAAGAAGUCAUGCAAACAAAAA